UUUAUUUUUUUCAUGUCGCCUGAAUUUUAUUAAUGGCUAUUUUCCUUUUAUUUUUUUUUUUUUUAAAUUAUGGAAUCUCAAAAAUAUAAUAAAAUCGCUAUUGUUACAGGCGCCAAUAGUGGUGUUGGUUUUGGUAUCUGUCAACGAUUAUUAGAAACAGAAGGGGAGUCGUUAACUUUGAUUAUGGCAUGUCGAAAUGCUUCAAGAGCAGAAAAGGCAAGACAGUUACUUUUAGACCAAUUUCCUUUUGGACACAUUGAUAUUGAAUUAGUUGACAUUGGCAGUAUUCAAAGUGUCUUGGACUUUUGUAUAAAUAUUAUCAACAAAUAUCCUCAUGUCAAUUAUUUGUUUUGUAAUGCAGGCAUUUUAAGUGCACUUGGCAUUAAUUGGAAACGUACCUUUUAUUUACUAUUGACAGAUCCUGUGGGACUUUUGGAACGUUCUGAUGCAACUAUUCAAAAUACAGGUGAAAUGAAUAAAGACGGUAUGGGCAAAGUCUUUGCUUGUAACGUAUUUGGCCAUUAUGUUAUGAUGCGUGAAUUAGAAAAAUUAUUAUCGAAUUCAGGUGACGGGCGUGUUAUUUGGACGAGCUCGAUCACAGCAUAUAGCAACUGUUUUGAUAUUCAUGACUGGCAAGGUAUAGAAAGUAAGGAGCCAUAUGAAUCUUCAAAAUGGGCAUGUGAUCUCGUAUCUAUUGUUUCUAGUGAACGAUUUAAAAGAGAAAAUAAUCAUAUCGCAUCCUUUACAACAUCUCCUGGUGUAGUUGCGAGUCAUAUUGGUGAAUUACCUAUGUGGAUUACAAAGGCAAGAAUUAUACUUCAUUAUCUGUUUCGUUUAUUUGGAGUCAAUUCACAAACAAUUACACCCUAUAAUGGCGCUAUAGCGGACGUUUAUACAGCACUUGAACCUUUAUCUAAAUUAAAUUAUAUGAUGCGAUAUUGUUCGUCAACAAGUAGAUGGGGUAAUGCCUAUGUAACAAAGUAUCCCAUUAUGGAUUAUGAUCGUGUUACUGGCGAGAAAUUAGUAGAGAAAUGUGAAUUAGCUUAUCAAGCGUUUAAGAAGACAGCGCAAUCAAAGCUAGAAUAAUUAUCAGCCGUUCAGAUUGAUUACGUAAUAAAUAUGUUAAUUUUUGCUCUCCUUUUUUUUUUAUUUAUUUAUUUUC